ACAAGCGCCACUUGAAGCAGUACAACGAGCGGCAGUUCUUUCUGGAGCUUGUCAAGGACAUUUCCAACGACUUGGACCUCAGCGCUCUCAGCUACAAGAUCCUCAUCUUCGUCUGCCUUAUGGUGGACGCCGAGAGGGGCUCCCUUUUCCUGGUGGAAAGCGGCGGCGGCAGCAAGAAGAGCUUGGUCUCUAAGGUCUUCGACGUGCACGGCGGCGCCCCCGUCCUGCCUCGCUACAGCACGGAGAACUCCAACGAGAUGCAGCUGCUCUGGGGCAAAGGCACCGUCGGUUAUGUGGCCGAGCACGGCGAGACCGUCAACCUGCCCGACGUUUACCAGGACCACCGCUUUAAUGACAAGAUUGACAAACUGACAGGAUACAAGACCAAGUCGUUGCUCUGCAUGCCUAUCAGAAACAGCGAGGGUGAAACCAUUGGAGUUGCACAAGUGAUAAAUAAAACUCCUGGAGGUAUUCCAUUUACUGAUGAUGAUGAAAAAGUAAUGGAAAUGUACCUUCCCUUCUGUGGUAUUGCCAUAUCCAAUGCUCAAUUGUUUGCUGCUUCCAGGAAGGAGUACGAUAGAAGCAGAGCCUUGCUGGAGGUGGUUAAUGAUCUCUUUGAAGAACAGACAGACUUGGAGAAAAUUGUGAAAAAAAUUAUGCAUCGAGCCCAGAAUCUACUCAAGUGUGAGCGUUGCUUGGUAUUGCUUCUUGACGACAUUGAAUCACCAGAGGUAAAAUUUACCAAGUCCUUUGAACUGAUGUCUCCAAAGUGCGUUGCUGAUACAGAAAAUAGUUUCAGAGACAAUUUGGAGAAGCCAUCAGCAUCUUAUUCAGACUGGCUGGUAAAUAAUAGCAUUGCUGAACUUGUAGCUUCCACUGGCCUACCAGUGAACAACAGUGAUGCAUAUCAAGAUCCUCGCUCUGAUGCAGAAGUUGAUCAGAUGUCUGGCUUUCACAUAAGAUCUGUACUCUGUGUACCUAUAUGGAAUAACAGUCACCAAAUAAUUGGGGUCGCUCAGGUGCUGAAUAGACUUGAUGGAAAACCUUUUGAUGAUGCUGAUCAGCGACUCUUUGAGGCUUUUGUUAUAUUUUGUGGCUUGGGCAUCAAUAAUACUAUAAUGUACGACCAAGUGAAAAAGUCCUGGGCAAAGCAGUCUGUGGCUCUUGAUGUGCUGUCUUACCAUGCAACGUGUUCAAAGACAGAACUUGACAAAUUUAAGACAGCAAACAUCCCUCUGGUGUCAGAGCUUGGUAUAGAUAAUGUCCACUUUGAUGAUUUCUCCCUUGAUACGGAUACCAUGAUAGCAGCAGCCCUCCGGAUGUUCAUGGAGCUUGGAAUAGUUCAGAAAUUUAGAAUUGACUAUGAGACACUGUGUAGGUGGCUUUUGACAGUGAGGAAAAAUUACCGAAUGGUUCUGUAUCACAACUGGCGGCAUGCUUUCAACGUGUGCCAGCUCAUGUUUGCCAUGUUAACGACAGCAGAAUUUCAGGAGAUUCUGACAGAAAUAGAAAUUUUAGCUUUGAUUGUUGGAUGUUUAUGCCAUGACCUUGAUCACAGAGGAACAAACAAUGCAUUUCAAGCUAAAAUUGGUUCUGCUUUAGCUCAGCUCUAUGGGACAUCUGCUACUCUGGAGCAUCACCAUUUCAACCAUGCUGUAAUGAUUCUUCAGAGUGAGGGUCACAACAUCUUUGCUAAUUUGUCCUCCAAGGAUUACAGUGAUCUUAUGCAGCUUCUGAAGAAGUCAAUACUGGCAACAGACCUCACUCUCUAUUUUGAGAAGAGGACUGAAUUUUUUGAACUUGUCAACAAAGGAGACUACAAUUGGAAUGUUAAAUAUCAACGAGAGGUAUUCCGAUCAAUGCUAAUGACAGCCUGUGACCUUGGAGCUGCAACUAAACCAUGGGAGAUUUCAAGACAGGUAGCUGAACUGGUAACAAGUGAGUUCUUUGAACAAGGGGACAGGGAGAGAUCUGAACUGAAACUCACACCUUCUGCUAUAUUUGAUCGGAACAGGAAAGAUGAACUGCCUCGAUUACAGCUGGAAUGGAUUGAUAGUAUCUGCAUGCCUCUCUAUCAGGCCUUAGUGAAACUGAAUGGAAAACUGAAGCCUAUGCUGGACUCUGUGGUGGCCAACAGAAAAAAAUGGGAGGAAUUGCACCUGAAAAGAUUGCUUUCCCAGACAACAUCCAACUUAGCCAUGUCUCCGGAGAGCAUAAAAUAAGUCUACGUCUGUUUCCUGUUCCUAGGAUAAGAGAGUCAAAAGAAUGCUUAACGUUUCGUCUCACAGUACUUAAUUAAUAAUAUAAGGCAGGCAAGAACAUAUGUAAUGUCAGUGAAAACCCUCUGGCUGGCCAGGCCUUAGCUUUUCCUACAGGCCAAGACUUGAUCUGAGGAGAGAAUCUACAGGGAGACGGUUGGGUUCUUUCAGUAAUCUGGAAAGCUUGGCUGAGUCCGGAUCUUGUCAGCUUCUUUCAGCAACUCUUAAGAAAAUUGGCAAAUAUAGUCACAAAGGAUUCAUAUAAGUGGAACUCAUGGUUCAGUAAAAUUAAUAAAAGUGAGCUGUGGCUAAUUUUAAAGAAAAUACUGAAGCAUUUUCAAGAGACUCUGAAAAAAGGGAGAAUUUUUGUAAAAAUAUUUUGAGAUUGCACCUUUCCAGCUUUUAUUAGUAUGAAUGGUUAUUCCUGCGCUUGUGAAAUUUGUCUUUUUACACCUUUUAUGUUCUAUUUGGUUUAUUCAGCGAAGCCUGCUUUAUAUUCUGAAGAAAUAUGUUUUUUUUACAACAAGCCUCGUAGGAUUCAACAGGGCUUUUAGAAUUGUCUCUCUUUGCUGUAUUUAAAAGGGAGGGAAAAUGAACUUUAUUACAUUUAAAAAGACAAACCUGCUCUGGCUUCCUUGUUUUCAUAUUAGCAACCCAAUUUGAAUUGCUCUGCAGGCAGAAGCUUAUAUAAAGGUAAAAGUCUGCAUGAUUCUUUUAGAAUUCUGUAAUAAUUUCAUUUUUAAAGCUGCUUUGCACAUCUAAGAAGAGAAUCAGUGGUAUAUCAAGAAAACUGUCUAACAAAAACAAAACCUUGCCUUGGGUAGAGAACUUGCACUAUAGGAUAUGAACGUAGCUUUCUAGUACAUUUUCAGAAAAUUAUUAUUUUUAAGUCUAAUAUGACACUCGAUGAUAAUAUGAAAAGAGCAAUGACUACCUCUGCUUUUUCUAGCUAUUUUCUUAUACGUUAAUCUGUCUUAGCUUAGAAAUUAAGUCACCAUUGCAUGUGCUCCUAUUAUUAUUAUUAUUUUUUGCAUGUUGGCAAUCCUUGAUUUAUAAAAUAUCCCACAGAGAUGUCUGCAGUUGAAAUGAACUCACUUCUGCUAAUGAAACAUCAAAUUUAUUUCAGCACUGGCAUGGCAAGUUACUGGAUUUCUAUUCCCUAAUGAGGUGUGGAAUUACAUCUAUAUUCCAUUCUCAUUGCCAGUGUGGUCUAUAGAUAAAUUGUGCUUGCCCCAGGAAGGAUGUUGUACACAUGUCCAACCACAACCCAGUCAACACUUACUGAAAAGGUUUGUGAGCUGAGAACACCUGAGUCCAAACAAUUUGCAUGUUUAACAUGAUAGCCUUUGUCAUAUGAAUUGGCAUGUUAGUUAGGAUUAUUCUGGGUUACUGACACUUCCCAAAGUGCAGGAACAAAGGGUCUGAGGAAAAUGGCUGGUUAUAAUUUCUGCUACCUUAUUAAACCCCUGCCAAAGAUCAUUUGGAAGUAAAAGAUCUCUAGCUACUCAGAAGAAUCCUUACAGAAGAAGGUGUUUGUAAAAGCAGUAUUAUUGCUUCCCUUUCAGAACUUGCAGAAUUUAGAUCGCACAAAAGACUGGAUUUCUAAAGGAAAAAAAGUGGAAAAAAAUACAACGCUAUCAGAAAUCUGGCAAAGUGCCUGGCUUAAAUCAAUUUAUGAGAGCAGUUGAAACAAUGAUGAAUAAAAGCAUAGUAGAGAAUCAGAAUUUUAUAUAAUUCUUUAACAGCAAAGGAUCAUGGUUGGGAUGAAAAAAGCACUCUCCUGAAUUUACAGGAAUAAUUUUAAGGCAGAAGAGUCACAAUUCCCAUCUCCGCAUUUGCUGUACAACUGAAUCACUUGGUUUGAGGUUGGUAGGAGCUUGAUAGUGAAAGCUGGGGUGCUCAGAGGGAUCCUUUUAUCAUUUCCUUGUAUCUGAAAGGCUUCCCAUUCAAUAUCCAGCAGAUUCUGAAUGUCAUCAGAGAGGUUCUGCGUCGAGUGCGAAAGGAAGGGGAGAAUUUACGUCAACUGCAACUGUAGCAUUUUAUUAUUUAGCAGAAAUAAGUGGCCCAACAUAAUUAUUUUAGGGGACCUACUCAAGGGCACUAAGGUGUGAUCAUGUACCCAAUUUCAACAGUGGAAAUGAGCUACUUCUGUUAGUGUAGACAAACCUCUGGCUCUGCCAAGCCCUGCUACAGGAUGGGAAACCCAACACCUUCCAUAAAUUGUAAGAUACAACCACCAUGGUCUUGCAGCUGAUUGAGCUGUGGUCCAAACACCACAUUGCUUAGAACAGCUUUGCUGGCUGAGGGACUCUGGGAGUUGAAGUCCACAAGUCUUAAAGGGACCAAGGUUGGAGACCCCUGGCUUAGAAUGUAAAAUGUGGCAAGGCUCUCCAACAUUUCUCAAAGGUAGAAAAAAGAAGCGGAUGAGCCUGAGAGCUGGAUGGAAAAACAUUUGACUUGAUAUUCUCUUUCACUAUGGUUUAGGACUUCCAACCUUGAACAUUUCAUAGAUAGACAGGAAGGAAAUGGUUCUGCAAAGGUUCUUUUUCAUUUCCUCACUCAGGAAACCUAGAGUAUAGUUAGGGAAGGGUAAUCUCUAUCUAUGCCUUUUCUUUUAAUUCAAAUCACAUUGCUAACGGCUUAAUUACAACGAUGUUCUCUUCUCCUCUUUCUCUCCAUAUCUCAUUUCAUAGCUCCUGGAAGUUCAUUAAAUGCUUGUCAAGCUUCUGCGGGAAUUUUAAAACAUUGUUUUUUCUUAAUACGGCAAACUUUAUUGAGUUUCUCCGAGUGAAUAGAAAUGAAGUCUUUUAGCCUAAAGUUAAAUAUAUUGUUGUAAUGGAAUUUUUGCAAUUACACCCAUCAAGAUUUAGGCAGGAAACCAUUUAAAUGCUGUGAAUCCCUCACUAAUUUGCUAAGGAAAGCUACAAGCAAGAGAUCCGAUAGCUGCUUUACAGGAGUUAUAUCUCAGAACAAUGAUUAAGGGAAAUAUUUUCCUUAACCUCAUAUAAAUUACAGUGCAGAUUUAUUGAACGCUAAUGUAUAGGUAAAACACUGAGGAUAGAUGUUAGAGGGUGAAGCCUGUCACUAUUUACUUUUUUAACUAAAAUGAAAGCAUUCACCAAAAUAGGAUCUGUCACAAUGCAAAAGGACUUCCAAUGUGAAAUGUUUUCAAAUAUUUUUUGAUUCCAAACAUGCAUACAAAAAAUAUUUGGUAAAUAUGCCUUUCCCAAUCAGGAAACUAUACAGACAUAUAUACAUGUACAUAUAUAUGAAACUGCAUAAAGAAAUAGGGAUUCACAUUUUUAAAAUAUAUAUAUAAAAUGCAUGAAAUUAAAGAAAUUAAUUAAAUUAAAAUACUAAAUUAAAGUACUAAGAAAUGUUUGUGAUACCGACCUAUCCCAGAUGUGGA